AUGAACGACAUACUCACAUCUCCGAGCCAUGAGCUGGGCAAUUUUACUCUGGACAAACAACAGACGCUGGUGCAAAAUUACUCAUCGUCUAUGACAGACGCUAAUCUAGUCGACCUUGAAAACGGCCGAGACAACGUGUCCCGGGUUCCGGUGGCCAUAUUGAUUGCAGGAAACGUGUACCUGUGUGUGAACAUCUUGUUCACGUGGCUGACCAAUGUCACCCUUAUCACUGUCAUCGUUGUCUCGCCCAACUUGAAAACGCCACCGAACAACCACCUCAUCAACAUCUGCGUGAACAACAUUCUACUCAGCUGCUGCAUGACGUUUUCGGUCAUCGCCGUGAACAUUAGACACUUGAGCGACAGCGCACAUGCGCUUUUGGCUGGCUUCCAGGUGUUCAUUGUGACCAACGCUUUCUUGCAGUAUUGGAACACAUUCACGGCCAUUGGCUACUACAGAUUGAGAACAAUUAAGACUCCGUCCCUUAGCACGAAAAUUCGGCGGGAAAUUAUUCACAAGUGCAUCGCGGCCUCCUGGCUUGUUUCCAUGUUUCUCAGUCUGAUUUUUACUCUGUCUUCGGUUGACAUCAGUUGCGUUCCAAUGAAAACUCUGUCACCAUUUCGUUACGAGUUCCUCAACAGGCCAACAGACCGAGAAACGUCCGAGUUGAAGCUGGUUGCCGUGGCCUGCGUCAUCCUAGUGGCGUUCCUGGCCGAUCUUUUUCUAAUCGUCGGCUGCUAUUAUCGAAUAUUCAUGGUGCUUGGCGUCACGGGUUCGCUCGGUAAAAAUCGGGUAUCUCCGUGGCACCAGCCUAGCUUCACUUCGGACUCAACAGAUUUGACCUUGCCGAUGCGGAGAGUGUACAAGCCGAUGGAGAACAACUGGGUGAAGCCUUACACCGUCUCAGAAAACUUUAUCGUCCAUUUUCAAAAGGCGGAGCACACGUUGGAUUUUGAUGACGUGCUUGCCUUAGAAAACCCCAUCGUAGCCGCGAACAUUCGGGGACGUCACGUGAAGAAGCCGUUGAGAGCAACAAUCAGCAAUGCUAGCGUUGCGUCAACGAAGUCUAAAAACUCUCCGGAUUUCACUGACAUAUCCGUGUGCGCCGAACUCCAACGCAUCCAGAAACAUAAAAACAACUCCGCUCUCAGAAACCAGUUUUUGAAGAUGGACAGGAUAAGUUUGAGCAGCGCUACGAAAAACAGCUUAGCCAUGUUGUGUGCUUUCGUCCUGUGUUCAAUCCCGCUUUUCAUCUGCACGUGCCCCGGGAUUUUGUCCUCUUUAGAUCCGGGUCAAAGGUUAACUGCUCUUGCCAUCUGUAGGUAUUUGUUUUACUUGAAUGGACCAGCCUACCCUACGUGGUAUUUAUUGUUUAGUAAGCGCGUCAAGAAAUGUUUAACCAGAGUCACGGAAAAUAUUUACCAUAAGUGUAGAAGAAGAAAGUAUUGA